GGCAGAGGCAGAUACAGGACAGGUGAACUAUAAAGCGCUCACAUGUGAAGAUCCUGCAGUCUGGUGUAGCACACUGGAGAGUGAAGAUGGGCAACUGGAUAAUCAGUCAUGGUCUGAGUGCCUUCAUUGUGGUGGUGUGGAUGGGCAUCAACAUCUUUCUGUUUGUCUACUUCUACUUGUUCUAUGAUUUGGGACCACAAUUUGAAUACACACGUGAACUUUUAGGGGCUGCAUUGCCCUGGGCCAGGGCACCAGCUGCUGUGCUCAACUUCAAUUGCAUGCUUAUUCUGCUGCCAGUAUGCCGCAACCUGCUGUCUCUGCUUCGAGGCUCUUUCGUGUGUUGUGGACGAACAAUGAGGAAACAGCUGGACAAAAAUCUGACUUUCCACAAGUUGGUGGCCUACAUGAUUGCCCUAAUGACAGCGGUUCAUACUGUUGCUCAUUUGCUUAAUGUGGAGUGGUACAGCAACAGUUUAGAAGGGCGAUAUGGACCUCUUGCAGGAAUUCUUUCCAUGCUUGAUGACUCCACUGAAUUAAAUACAACUUACCUGAAUCCCAUCCGAUCCAAUUCUACGACUCCAACCAUCUUUGUUUUCACCACCAUUGCGGGUUUAACAGGAGUCAUCAUAACUCUUGCCCUUAUCCUCAUUAUCACUUCCUCUAUGGAAGUCAUCCGCCGAAGCUACUUUGAGGUCUUUUGGUACACACACCACCUCUUCAUUGUUUUCUUCGCUGGCCUAGUUUUCCAUGGUGCAGGGCGCAUUGUGCGAAGUCAGCAAGUGACAGAUCCUCCUCAUAACAAUUCCUUAUGCGAAGAUCAACCAGAAAACUGGGGGAAAAUUCCCGAAUGUCCAAUUCCCCAGUUUGCAGGAGGGUUUCCUCAGACCUGGAUGUGGGUGAUCGGACCAAUGAUAAUUUACCUUUGUGAACGACUGCUUCGACUGCUUCGCUACAUGCAACCAGUCAGUUACAGAAAGAUUGUAAUCCGCCCAUCUAAAGUGUUGGAACUACAGUUGGUGAAGCCUGGUUUCAAGAUGGAGGUGGGCCAGUAUAUCUUCCUCAACUGUCCAGCCAUCUCCCAACUGGAGUGGCACCCAUUCACCAUGACAUCAGCCCCAGAGGAGGACUUCUUUAGUGUGCACAUUCGCUCAGCUGGAGACUGGACUGAGAAGCUCAUCAAACUGGUCGAAAACCUACCAGAGGGUGGGCAAGGACCCAAGAUCGCAGUGGAUGGCCCAUUUGGAACUGCCAGUGAGGAUGUGUUUGAUUAUGAGGUCAGCAUGCUGGUGGGUGCUGGGAUUGGUGUGACUCCAUUUGCCUCUAUACUAAAGUCCAUCUGGUACAAGUUUAAAGAAUCCAACCCCAAACUACGAACCAAGAGGAUUUACUUCUACUGGUUGUGUAGAGAGACACACGCCUUUGAGUGGUUUGCAGAUCUUCUACAAGUUCUUGAGAGGGAAAUGGAGGAGAGAGAAAUGAAGGACGUCCUCACAUAUAAACUCUACCUUACCGGCUGGGACCAGAGCCAAGCAAACCAUGUAAUGGUGCAUUUUGACAAGGAUACAGAUAUCAUCACUGGCCUAAAGCAGAAGACUCACUAUGGUCGACCAAACUGGGAUAAGGAAUUUGAUGACGUUCGGAAAGAGAACCCCUCGUCAGUGGUCGGAACAUUCCUGUGUGGCCCAGAAGCACUGGCGAAGGUCUUGGAGAAGAAAUGUGUAAAAUAUUCUGAUGUGGAUCCACGAAGGACCAAGUUUUACUUUAACAAAGAGAACUUUUGAGAGAAGACUUUGCAAAAUAAACCUGAUUCCCUUGGACGACUGCACUUUGGAUUAUGCAGUGUCAUUGUAAUACCAAAUGAUUCCAUUUGUGUUUUUCUGCGAUGUUUGGCUUUUGGAGUUCCUGAUAAGUAAUGGAUGACCAGGAUUUGAGGAAAUUACACCUACACCUGAAUAAAUGGUGUUCGUAAAUGAUUCCUUUGUCUAAGCAUGUGCACAUCUCCAUAAUUAGCAAGGCUGAAAGUUACUGAUGAGGCAGUGAAGUGUUGGAAAGUUUCCUCUUUGAUAGUUUCGAAAUCGUAAAAAGUUAAAGCUGUUGUUUUUCUUCAGAACCAUGCAAUGUCAUUAUCUUGGGUUAGUCACUUGAUUGUAAUCUUUCAACUGUCAAAACAACUUUAUUAUACAUGAACAAAACAUUUAAACGUGUAUAUUGUAUAUCAUGUAUUUCUAAAUAUUGUUUUUGUUAAUAAAAAUAUAUCAGGGCAGGAAUUAUAACAU